GUAUACCCCUCCGUAUUUCUCACCCACGUGCUACCUAAUGGAGGCCUCUUCUUCUAAAACUCAUUCUUUCUCUGAUGUCAUCUUCUCUCUCUGCUCCUCUGGGAAGGGAGCCAUUGUGCAAGCGUGGGAUAUUCAAAAUGGCGGUGUCUUGAGGUCCUAUAGAGGAGAUGGAGGGGAGGGAGAGGGAAAUAGCCUUGCAAUGGCUGGCAAAGACUAUCUCUUAGUCUCGCUCAAGUCAAAGCCACUCAUAUUAGUCUGGAAAAUGGAAAGAGAGCAAAUCUUUAUGAAAAUUGCUUGUACUGGUAUAAUACAUUGUGUGAUUUGUGAUACUACAGGGUAUUACUGCAUUGGAGCUUUGAACGACAAAAUCAACAUAUGGGAGAUAUGUAGUGGGUUAUUGGUGGGUGUGGUUUCCAAACACUAUCAGCCAAUCGAAUGUUUGCGUUACGUUGAUUGCGGAUAUUUUGCCUCUGGUGGAAAAGAUUGCUUAGCUAUUGUCUGGAAUUUAGCGAGCGUCCUUUCUGAGUAUCGUGGUUCUCACAGUGCCGAAGAUCCCAAUGCUCCAAAGACCUUUGGCGUUACUAAAAAUAGCAUCCUCCAUAUAUGGUCGGAUCACAGUAUGGCUGUCACGGGUAUUGCAACAAGUGGGCGUGGCUAUAAUAAGAAAAUAGCCACCUCAUCUCUCGACCAAACUUGCAAAAUUUACGACUUUGCCUCUGGUUCAAUUCUCUGCACGUUUCUAUAUAAUGCCCCACUCAGCUGCAUUACUUUAACGACUUGUGGGCUGUGGCUAUACGCUGGGUCUAGCACAGGAACUCUCCACUGUACCCCUCUAUUCCUCCCAAGUAAGGAAAAUGGAGCAGUGAGACAAGUUGAUGCUAAAUUCUCACAGAUAAUGAAAGAGCAUAAGAAGAGUAUCAGUUCUUUAUGUGUGUCAUUUACUGGCAAGAGGUUUGUGUCAUCUUCAAUGGAGGGAGUAUCUAAAGUUUGGGAUGCAUCAAGUAAACAAGUGUUGCUAUCCAUUAAUCACAAAGGUCCGAUUGUGUGUUCCAUCUUAUGCAGAAAUAUUUGGAGGUUCACUCAACUUCAUUCAACUAAGCCAGCUGCUGCUUCUGGUUCUGCUACUCCUCCCAUCAAAUCAUUCCAGAAGCAUACUAGCUAUAAAACUGACGCAGUCUCUGCCCAUACAAUCACACUACACAGCAGACCGCUGCACAUGCUUCAACCACAGAAAAUUAAAGAGAUUGAUUUGUUAUCUGGAGAAGAUCUCAUAUCAGAUUAUCAGUUCAAGCCUGAGAGAGUAUUGACUGCUGAUCAUGAAGAUGGUCUGGUCACUGGUAGUGUGGAGGGUGAGGUGAACCUGUUGAGACAGGAGCUCAGGGAAGCAAAGGAAAUACAAAGACAAAUGUUUUCGCUUGCAACUGAACACUUGCUUAAUAGAAGAAACUUAUAAAAUGACUAAAGAAUAAUUUGUGACGUUUUUAUUGUUAAUAAUCACUUCAGUUUAAGUAGAAUUUUGAUU